GCAGAGUGAAAGUGGAGGAAGCAGGCAGACGUGUUGCAACAGAUGGCUUCACCAGCGGCGGCUCGGCGGCUGCAGCACCGCCGUUAGACACACUCGGAUGCAGACAGGGAGGGAGGGGAGCUCGUGAGCGUGGCUGUGGAACAAAUCAAGAAAAAAAGGAAGAGAGGGAGACUUUUACCUCCUCCUCUGCCUCGGCUCACAAACUCACUCUUCCUCUCCAGACACACAGGAGCACAUGCCGGUGUGAGCGCAAGUUUAAAAAACAUUAUUUUAUGGAUUUCCGAAACUAAGGGGAGUUAUGGAGGUGGCGGUGUGAACCCAGCCUUCCUCCCCUUCCUGCCGGAGGGGUCAGAGAGGAGAACACCUGCUGACAGUGAGGAGUUCCUGAAGGAGGCGACGCAGCCGCAGGAGGAGGAGGAGGAGGAGGACUGAACACAGCAGGAAACGCCACACACACCUGACAGGUCCCUGCUGAGCCCAGCGCUGUCAAACACUUGCCACACUCUACAGCAUCAGAACAAGAAGCUGAGACAACUUGUGGGAAGCAGCUGAUUGGUUGACCUUUGUGGGGAGGCCCGGGGGUCAAAGGCCAUGGCAGGUCGACUUCUCCUCUUCCUGUUUGUCUCCGUGGCGCUCUGUCACGCUCAUUUUUCUUCUACGCAACGCCUGAAGCCCCGCCUCCAGAGAGACAGACGCAACAUCCGACCAAACAUCAUCCUCAUCCUGACUGAUGACCAGGACAUGGAGCUGGGGUCGAUGCAGGCAAUGAAUAAGACUCGCCGCAUUAUGGAGGAGGGCGGGACUUCCUUCUCUAAUGCCUUUGUGACCACGCCCAUGUGCUGUCCGUCACGCUCAAGCAUGCUCACUGGGAAGUAUGUUCACAACCACAACACCUACACCAACAACGAGAACUGUUCCUCGCCGUCUUGGCAACGGCAGCACGAGCCACGGACCUUCGGCGUUUACCUCAACGACACUGGAUACAGGACAGCCUUCUUUGGAAAGUACCUGAACGAGUACAAUGGUUCAUACGUUCCCGCCGGGUGGAGGGAAUGGCUCGGUUUGGUGAAGAACAGCCGCUUCUACAACUACACGCUGUGUCGCAACGGCGUGCGAGAGAAGCACGGAGCGCAGUAUCCACAGGACUACCUGACCGACCUGAUCACGGCAGAGUCGAUCCGUUACUUCCGCUCUUCAAAGCGACUUUAUCCUCACCGCCCUGUUCUGAUGGUUCUGAGUCACGCGGCCCCUCAUGGACCCGAAGACUCUGCCCCGCAGUACAGCACCGCCUUCCCCAACGCAUCGCAGCACAUGUAGGCCUCCCACAGACACACACAGUUAUCUUUUCCUCGACUUGCAUUCAUUUCCUAGAGAAU